GUCCAUCUCCAGCGCCUGCCGGGUUUUGUUUCUCAUAAUGACAUUCAUUGAGCAUUCAUGAUGUCUUUGAGUCUUUUUGGACGCCUUCCGCGGGCAGUUCGCGUUCUCCGACCCGCUAGGAUCACAGCACGAUGGAGCAGUUCGUUAUCACAGCGUCCGGGGUCGGAUCGUGUCCAAUUUCCCGGUGCCGUAAACAGCAAAUUCACCACCGACAUGGCGUUUAUGAAGCCGUCCGAUAUGCCUUACAUUCCGACCUAUAGAGUUAUGGAUUCAGACGGUGCGCUGGUUGGAACGGAUAAGAAACGACCUGUUGAUGUCUCGGAUCAGGAGAUCUUGACGUGGUAUAGGAAUAUGUUGACUGUGAGCGUCAUGGACGGGAUCAUGUUCGAGGCACAAAGACAAGGUCGUCUGAGCUUCUAUAUGGUAUCCGCGGGUGAAGAAGGCAUCAGUGUUGGAUCCGCAGCGGCAUUGACUCCAGACGAUACAGUAUUCGCACAAUAUCGCGAGGCAGGAGUCUUUCAGCAGCGUGGUUUUACAUUGAAAGACUUUAUGAGCCAGCUCUUCGCCAACAAAAAUGAUAGUGGAAAAGGCCGAAAUAUGCCCGUGCAUUACGGAUCUAGUUAUCCUCGCAAUCACACAAUCUCCUCCCCGCUAGCAACCCAAAUCCCCCAAGCCUCUGGAGCAGCCUACGCGCUCAAACUUCAAGCCCUCCAAAACCCUAACGUCCCAUCCCGCAUCGUCGCCUGCUACUUCGGGGAAGGUGCUGCCAGUGAAGGCGACUUCCACGCCGGCCUCAACAUCGCCGCCACCCGUUCGUGUCCGGUCGUUUUCAUAUGCCGCAACAAUGGCUACGCUAUCUCCACCCCGACCCUGGAACAAUACCGCGGCGAUGGCAUCGCCAGCCGCGGCCUAGGCUAUGGCAUUGACACGAUUCGCGUUGACGGAAACGACAUUUUCGCUGUCUACGAAGCAACAAGGGAAGCGCGCCGUAUUGCCCUUGAAGGCGGCGGUCGACCAGUCCUCGUCGAAGCAAUGAGUUACCGUGUCUCGCACCACAGCACGAGUGACGAUAGCUUUGCGUAUCGGGCGCGUGUGGAGGUCGAGGACUGGAAACGCCGCGAUAACCCUAUCAUUCGACUACGUAAGUGGCUGGAGAACCAGGGAUUGUGGAAUGAAGAUCUCGAGCGGGAUACCCGCAGUCAGAUGCGGAAGUCCGUGUUGCAAGAGUUUGGAGCUGCUGAGCGAGAGAAGAAACCGCCUAUCAGGGUGGCUUUCGAGGACGUUUAUGAAGAGGUUACCGAGGAACAACAGGCGCAGAUGAAGGAGCUUCGGAGAAUCCUGGAGACGUAUCCGGAGGAGUAUGAUGUGCGGCAGUUUGAAGAUGGGGUGAAUAGCCUGUAGUGGUGGGAUCUACAUAUAGUCAUAAAGUAACUGACCUGUUUUUUUAUGCUGCUCAAAGAUGACUUCCUAGCUACCAUUAGCCCUCGCUGAAACCCCAGCAAACUCACUGACGAAACAUGUUAUUCCAUUAAGAAGACGUGCAAAAGCAGAACUUUCUGCAUCCAACCCCAUCAGUUCUCCAACAUCCCGGUACCCUUAUGAUUCAUUUAAAAAUGACUUCCAUCCCGAAUUACAAUAGCACCCUACAAGCCAACCCCGAUUAGCCACAAUCCACAAAAAACAGAAUAUUAGAUGUACUUAAACGACUCAUCUCCAACUAACAAG